AUGCAUCGCCAGAUUGCUACCAUCCUCGCCGGCGUGUCUGCCCGGGAUUCUUGUGUCUUCAGCGGCAGUGAUGGUGCCGCCUCAGCCUCGGCCUCCAAGGCUGACUGCGCCACCAUCACUCUGUCUGCCCUGACCGUUCCCUCGGGCACGACCCUCGACCUCACUGAUCUGAGUGAUGGCACGUCGGUGGUAUUUGAAGGAACAACAACCUGGGAGUACGCAGAGUGGGACGGUCCCCUCUUUGCCGUCUCUGGAAGCUCCAUCACCGUCUCGGGUGCUGACGGGCACGAGCUCGACGGCCAGGGCGCUCUCUGGUGGGACGGCGAGGGAGACGAUGGUAUUUCCAAGCCAAAGUUCUUCCAGGCCCACGACCUGACCGACUCUACCAUCGAGAACAUCAACAUUGUCAACCCGCCUCAUCAGGUGUUCAGCAUCAACGGCUGCCAGACCCUCACCGUCUCUGGCGUCACCAUCGAUGCCUCGGACGGCGAUGCUGAUGAUCUCGGUGCCAACACGGACUGCUUCGAUAUUGGCAGCUCUGAUUCGGUCACCAUUACCGGCGCCACGUGCUACAACCAGGACGACUGCGUGGCUGUCAACUCCGGAACCAACAUCAUCUUCAGCGGAGGCUACUGCUCCGGCGGCCAUGGUCUGUCCAUCGGCAGCGUUGGUGGCCGUGAUGACAACACUGUGGAUACUGUGACGUUCUCGGACAGCCAGGUCAUCGACUCGCAGCAGGCUGUGCGCAUCAAGACCAUCUCGGGCGACACAGGCACCGUCAAUGCCAUUACCUACAAGGAUAUCACCAUCUCUGGAGCCACGGACUACGGUGUGAUCAUUACUCAGGCCUACGACGGCGAUGAGGCUACGACUGGCGUUCCUAUCACUGGCCUGGUUCUUGAUGGCGUUACCGGAACCGUCAGCAGCGAUGCUGAUGCGGCCAUCUUCAUUGACUGCGGUGACGGUUCCUGCUCUGACUGGACUUGGUCGGGUGUUGAUCUUACUGGCGCUGACAACGACUGCACCAACCAAUGGAUUAAGAAGCUGACUUUAUGUGAAUAG